UGACAGCCCUCAUCCUCUUGAAAAAAACUGGAAACACCAUGCUCCGGUGAUAAUCGGUUAUGGCAAUUCCAGGGUCACACCAAUAUUCUUAUCACCCUCUCUUAAACCCCACUUCUUCUUCUUCUUCUUCCUUUUCUCUCUCUCCAAAUCUUCACACCCAUUUCCUCCCUCUUCUGAAACCUCUCAAAUUCAGACUUUGUUGUUCACAGAACAACACUAUCCAAACAGAAACCCAGAAAUCCCAACUUCCCAACACCAAUUUUGAGGUUCGGAAGAAGAAAAGGAGGCCAAAACCAAGUUUCUACGAACAAAUUCGUGAUAAAUGGUCUGUCAAACCCAUUACUCAAACCCAGAAAUUUCCAUGGCAGCUUCAGCAACAACAGGAAGAAGAAGAAGAAGAAGACCCACCUUCAAUUUCAGCAUCAAAAAUGGUGGAAAUUCACAAGGAGGUAGAUUUAACUUCUGGGGUUGAAACUCCCAAAUUUUCUGUUAAUUUGAUUCAUGGUAGCAAAAUUGAAGAACCCAUUUCUGAUUUCGGUAGAAAAUUGGAUCAAAAUUUAAGCAAAACAGUUAGUAAUCCUGUUAGUUCUGAUUUUGCUAAUGUUUUGAUUUCAUCUCCAUUUGCUGAGAACAAGAAAUUGACAAAACCUAAGUUAGUUAGUGCUGAAUUGGUGAAAAAAUUAGAUAAGGAUAAUGUUGAGAAAAAGGUUGAUGUUAGAGUGCAAAAAUACAGGAGUAGUGAAGUGGCAUUAUCCAGCAGAAAAAUUGAUGGUGGCGAUUUUCGGAAGGUUAAGGAUGUUAGUGAGAAUUUUGUUAAAGGGAAGAAUACAGACAGGAGUAAUGGAGUGGCAUUAUCUAGCAGAAAAUUUGAUGAUGUUGAUGGUGGCGAUUUUCGGAAGGUUAAGGAGGAUGUUAGUGAGAAUUUUGCUAAAGGGAAGAAUACAGAUAGGUUGCCAUGGGUAUCACAAACUGAAUUGGAUGAAGUUGGUGAAGAUAGGCAGAAGAAGAGCAAGACCGAGGUAGCGGAGAAAUCAAUCCCGGAAUAUGAGCUUACGAGAUUGAGGAAUGUAGCAUUGAGGAUGAAAGAGAGGAUAAAAGUUGGGGAAGCAGGUGUUACACAAGCCUUGGUGGAUGCCAUUCAUGAGAAAUGGAAGAUUGAUGAAGUGGUGAAGAUGAAAUUCGAGGGGCCAUCCACGUAUAAUAUGAAGAGGAUUCAUGAUGCUCUUGAGAGAAGAACGGGAGGCUUGGUGAUAUGGAGAUCAGGUAGUUCGGUAGUGCUAUUCAGGGGAUUAACCUACAAACUAGAUUGUGUACAAACAUAUAAGGAAGAGAAGAAAGUAGAUGUAGAUGCUUCACAUGAUUUAGGAAAACGUGUUUCUGAUGGGGUGAGACCUCAAAAGAUAGUGUCUGAAAAAGAGUCGAUGGAGAUGAGUGAGCUCAACAAUCUAUUGGAUGAGUUGGGCCCGCGGUAUGUAGACUGGUCUGGCCCUCUUCCAUUGCCUGUUGAUGCAGACUUGCUUCCAGCAGUGGUUCCUGGAUAUAGAACUCCAUUCAGACUUCUUCCUUAUGGUGUUCGGCGUUGUUUAAAAGAUGCAGAAACAACAGAGUUUCGUAGGAUUUCAAGGAACACCCAUCCACAUUUUGCUUUGGGGAGGAGCAGAGAACUUCAAGGUCUGGCUGCAGCUAUGGUAAAGUUAUGGGAGAAAAGUGCUAUUGCCAAAAUUGCCAUUAAACGUGGUGUCUUCAAUACUUCCAAUGAGAGAAUGGCUUGGGAGCUGAAGAGACUGACUAGGGGGACAUUACUCUCAAGAAAUAAAGAGUACAUAGUCUUUUAUCGAGGAAAUGACUUCUUGCCCCCAAUUGUAACAGAAUCACUGAAAGAACGGGAAAGGCUGACAAUGAAUCAGUAUCAGGAAGAAGAAGAACGGCGGAAUUCAUUAGCUUUGGUUAAUUCAAACUCCAAAAACAAUAAGGUUCCCAUGGUCGCUGGGACUCUUGCAGAAACUGUUGCCGCAACCUCUCGUUGGGGAAAGCAGCUAAACGAUGAAGAUGUUGAGAAAAUGAUAAAAGACUCAGCUCUGGCUAGACGUGCUUCACUGGUUGCGUAUCAUAAAAAGAAGUUAGCUAUUGCAAAUGAGAAGCUUAAGAAGGCUGAGAAUGCUUUGGAAAAAGUACAGGGAUAUCUAGAGCCGGAAGAGCUCCCUUCAGAUUUAGAAACAAUAACAGAUGAGGAGAGAUUAGUAUUUCGUAGAAUUGGCCUAAGCAUGAAGCCUUUCUUGCUUGUGGGGAGGCGAGAAGUUUUUGAUGGUACCAUAGAGAACAUACAUCUGCACUGGAAAUUCAGGGAGUUGGUGAAGGUAAUUGUGAAGGGUAAAAACUUUUCACAAGUAAAACAUGUAGCGAUUUCUUUAGAGGCAGAGACUGGUGGUGUGCUUGUAUCAAUGGAUAAAACUACUAAAGGGUAUGCAAUCAUCAUUUAUCGAGGAAAGAACUAUCGGCAACCUGUUCGAUUGAGGCCUAGGAAUUUACUAACAAGAAGGCAAGCAUUAGCUCGGUCAAUCGAACUGCAAAGACGUGAGGGAUUGAAGCAUCAUAUCUCAAGUUUACAAGAACAAAUGGAGUUGCUGAAGUCUGAAAUAGAAGAUAUGAAAAGCGGAAAAGAGAUUGAUGAUAAAACGUUUUAUAAGAAAUUAGAUGAUACUGCUAUUCUUUCUGAUGACGAGAUGGAAGAGGAUGAAGAUGAAGAGGCCUACUUGCAAACAUAUGACAGUGGAGAUGAAAAUGGUGCUUUCGUCGGUUCUGAGUCUGAAGAUGAGAAUUGAUCUGGAAUUGGGAUGAAUGGAAAUUAUCAGUGUAUACAGUUUCUUAUGUAUAGCAUAUUUCAGGCUGUGUAUUAAAUUGAAUGUGUACCUUAUGUAUAGCAUAUUGCUUGAUGCAUCUUGUCAGUAAAAAUGAAAAUUUGAUAUGGAGAAUCGGCUGAAAGGCACUUCCUUUUUUAUCAGCAUGACAAUUAUCAUUC